UUGGCCCUUAUAUAUAUAACCCUCGGCGGGCUGAACCCUAGGGUUUCUUCUGUGAAAGGAAAAGGAUCAGCAUCAACUUAGCCCUUCACCAUGGUGGCGGCCAAGAAAACCAAGAAGACCCAUGAGAGUAUCAAUAACAGGCUCGCUCUCGUGAUGAAGAGCGGAAAAUAUACCCUGGGUUAUAAAACGGUUCUGAAGUCCCUUAGGAGUUCUAAAGGGAAGUUGAUUAUUAUUGCCAACAACUGCCCGCCUUUGAGGAAGUCAGAAAUAGAAUACUAUGCUAUGUGGCGAAGGUUGGAGGCGAAGGACAUAUGUGAGUGGAUUUCUCUCGUAACAGAUAAUGUUGACUUGGGCACUGCUUGCGGCAAGUAUUUCAGAGUGUGCUGUCUAAGCAUCGUCGACCCUGGUGAUUCUGAUAUCAUUAAGACAAUGCCUGGCGAUCAGUAGAAUAGUAUUAAGCCCAUUUUGUCCUCUCACAAAACUUAUUGUUUUAUUUUCUCAAUUUUCCGUUGAUUUGGACAUUAUUAUAGAAAUUCAUGAUGUGGUCUUGGACCAUUUGAGGUGUACGUUUCCUUCGGUAGCAGGAUUGUAGCACAUUGAGCUUUGAUGAAAUGAUAAUGGAAGUUUAUCUUACGAAAUUUUCGUUGAA